CCUUCCACCUCAUCGACCUUAUGACCUGGCGAUAGAGCUCCAGCCGGGUUCCGUUCCCCCCCGUGGACAUCUCUACUCUCUGUCCAAGACCGAGACUCAGGCGAUGGAGGAGUACAUCACCAACGCUCUGCGACAUGGAACGAUCCGGCCCUCCUCAUCUCCUGCGGCCGCAGGGUUUUUCUUUGUGAAAAAGAAAGGGGGGGAACUUCGCCCGUGCGUCGACUAUUGGUGGCUAAACAAGAUAACCAUCAAGAACCGUCACCCUUUGCCGCUCACCAACUCAGCCCUGGACGCCCUCUCUGGUGCCACCGUGUUCACUAAGUUGGACCUCCGGAGCGCCUACAACUUGGUGCGCAUCAGAGAGGGCGAUGAGUGGAAAACGGCCUUCAUCACACCCACAGGACACUAUGAGAGUUUGGUCAUCCCGUUUGGACUAUGUAACGCACCCUCGGCCUUCCAACAAUUUAUCAACGAUGUCCUCAGAGACAUGUUAGGCCGAUGGGUGUUCGUUUAUCUGGAUGAUAUUCUUAUCUACUCCCGCACCAUGACAGAACACACCCAACAUGUCCGAGCUGUACUAAAGAGAUUGUUCGCCCACCAGCUGUACUGUAAGUUGGAAAAAUGUGCUUUUCACCAGCACUCCACCACGUUCCUGGGUUUUGUUAUCUCGCCCCAGGGUGUGGCCAUGGACCCGCAGAAACUAGAUGCUGUGCGCCAUUGGCCCCUACCCAGGACGCUCAAACAGCUUCAACAGUUUCUCGGGUUUGCGAACUUCUACCGUCGCUUUAUCCGGGGCUACAGUACAGUUGCAGCACCACUGACCAAUCUGACCAGGCCCGCAUCUCACCCCUUCCAACUCACUCCUGCUGCCAUCACGGCCUUCAGAGAACUCUGCCACCGAUUCACCACCGCCCCUAUCCUCCUUCAUCCUGAUGCCAACCAACCAUUCGUUGUGGAGGUGGACGCGUCGGAUGUAGGCACUGGCGCUGUUCUCUCCCAACGAGGUCCAGACCAGAAGCUACACCCAUGUGGCUUCUUCUCCAAGAAAUUUAAUCCCACUCAGCAGCGAUACGGUGUAGGGGACCGCGAGCUGCUGGGCAUAAAGUGGGCCUUGGAGGAAUGGCGUCACUGGCUCCAGGGCGCCAGUGAGCCAUUCGUCGUCUGGACGGAUCACCAGAACCUCAUCACCAUCCGGAACCUCAAACAGCUGAAUCCACGACAGGCACGGUGGGCAUUAUUUUUCGAACAGUUCGACUUCCAUCUGUCAUACCGCCCGGGGUCCAAGAACACCAAGGCAGACGCCCUAUCACGACAACAGGAGGAAGACGUCCCCCGGGCGGACCCCGUGCCUGUCCUACCAUCCUCACGUAUCGUGGCACCCCUCCAGUGGGAUCUUGAAACGAGGGUUCGCCAGGCUCAGGCUGCGGAGGCCGGGCCGGCAGGUGCGCCGCCUGGACGACUCUUCGUUCCACAACAACUACGAGCUGAGGUCCUCCAGUGGGGUCACUCUUCGCCCGUCGCCGGACACCCGGGAAACAAAAGAACUCUACAGUUCGUGAGACGGGCAUUCUGGUGGCCUUCCAUGAAGAGAGACAUCGAGGAGUUCGUUCAGGCGUGCCCGGUGUGCGCCAGGGCUAAGGACUCAAAUCGACCAACCCCCGGAGAGCUUCAACCUCUUCCCGUUCCUCGCCGGCCCUGGACGCACAUCGCCUUGGAUUUCAUCACGGGCCUGCCGGUGUCCGAAGGGAAGAACACCAUCCUCACUAUCGUCGACCGGUUUUCAAAAGCAGCCCACCUGGUGGCCCUCGCCGGACUCCCCUCAGCUAAGGACACCGCUGAGUUGAUAUUGGAACACGUAGUCCGCCUGCAUGGGUUCCCCAAAGACAUCGUCUCGGACAGAGGGCCCCAGUUCACCGCCCGGUUCUGGAAGGCCUUCUGCCGUCUGAUCAACUCCACCACUAGUCUGUCCUCCGGCUACCACCCCCAGACUAACGAUCAGACGGACAACCAACAACUGGAGCGCUAUCUGCGAUGCUUCGUGUCCGACCACCAGCGCUCCUGGGCCCGCUACCUCACCUGGGCAGAACUGUCUCAUAACCUUCACGUCUCUUCAGCCACCAACUUGAGCCCAUUUGAGGUAUGCUAA